AUGUCCACGACGUACCGAGGCGCGCGCGCGAUCGACGUGCGCGGCGCCGAGGGCUCGCGCGCGACGCUCACCGAGCACGGCGCGCACGUCGUGCGAUGGGUUGGGCCGGAUGGGGACGAACGGGUGUUCACCUCGCGCGCCGCCGUGCUCGACGGCGCGCGGGCGAUCCGGGGAGGGAUACCGAUAUGCUUUCCGCAGUUUAGUGAUCUCGGGCCGUGCGCGACGUCGCACGGGUUCGCGCGGUGCGUGCGGUGGGAGACGAAGGAGACGCGCGACGGGCGGUGCGCGAUGACGACGCGGGCGACGAGCGAGGAGUUCAAAGCGCCGCACGAGACGACGUACGAGGUGGAACUGCUGGAUGAUGGAUCGAUGCGAACGACGUUGCGGGUGCGGAACGCGGGUGCGGAGGCUUUUGGGUUCACGACGGCGCUGCAUACGUAUUUUCGAGUGGGCGACGCGGAACGGACGCGGGUCGAGCUCGGACGACGCGGGUUGACGUAUCUCGAUAACCUCGACGGACGUCGCGCCAAGGUGGACGAGGGCGAUACGGUGGUGUUCGAGGGUGAGGUUGAUAGGAUUUAUAAGAGCGCCCCGGGGACGAUUCGAAUAGUGGACGAAGCGUCUUCGAACGGGCCGCGGACGUUUCACAUUGAGAAAUCCGAGUCGUUUCCGGACGCCGUCGUGUGGAAUCCGUGGAUCGAAAAGGCGCGUAAGAUGAGCGAUUUCGAUGAUGAUGAGUAUCGCGAGAUGGUGUGCGUAGAAGUCGCGUGCGUGGACGAAAUUGUCGUCGCCCCGGGCUCGACGUGGGUCGGUUCGCAGACGAUUAGCGUGUCAAAGUAG